GGUGCCAAGGAGGAGAGCAAUGUGGUGGAGGUGACAGCCAUGAACCACCAAGGAAAGACGAUCUCGGUGCCCAUUGCCAACCUUCACAUCAAGUGUCUCCCCAUGGUGAGUCUGGGAGAGUUUGAGCUGAAAGCCCCAGUCACCAUCCGACUCAAGGCCGGCACAGGGCCAGUUUCUGUCAGUGGGCUACACCUUAUUGCCACACAGGUCGAAGACUCCGACUUGUCUGAGGAAGAAGAUGGGGAGGAGGAAGAAGAAGAGGAAGAGCUGCCUGCUAUCAAACCAGCAAAGAAGAAGCAGAAGCAAUAGGCGGAGGGUUCACCGAUGGAUUUGUUUUGUUUUGUUUUUCCGAAAUGGCUCACUCUCUGAUGCAUUCUAAGAAAUAACACUUUUUUUGUACCAGACGGACACAUUUUACAAAGUUCCCACUUCUUCCACACCAGCCGCGUGAACGCUGUGUGUGGUGGCAGCUAAUGGUGCAGUCAGAGGAAUCACGACUGGCUCUGAUGUUCUCGCCACUCCUCAGUUUCUCACUGCGAGCGUUGCAGCAGUGUAACUCACUUGUAGAAGAACUUUUUUUUUUUUUUGCUACCCACAGUUUUAUACUGUAUAUAAUUCAGUCACCACUGAAGGUAGUGGAAGAGGUGUCUUUUUACCACCAGCGGAUCCCGGUAUUGUUUAAAAGGCCAAUCUGGUAAAAAAUAAAUAAAUAAAAACGUUGUCGUCCACUUGUCAGACGGAAAAGAAAAUGCGUUCCAGCUCAAACUGAGUGGUGCAGACGGAUGAUGAUGCGCGUACGUCUUGAUUCGUAGGAGUGUCACCCAAUUCCUGCCAGUUGUAAUAUCAGAAUACUGUUUUUCUACGUGAUGUUUCAAUCCUAAAUGUGAAGAUUUGUACUUACAGUCAGAACAAGAAAGUAAUUUUGUCCAAAUAAAUGAGAAAUCCCAGCACAAUAAA